GCUUGGUUGACCCUGAGGAUACCCCUGUCUUCCCGAGCAGCCAUCAUGGUGCGCAUGAACGUCCUGGCUGAUGCCCUCAAGAGCAUCAACAAUGCUGAGAAGAGAGGCAAACGCCAGGUCCUCAUCAGGCCGUGCUCCAAAGUCAUUGUCCGGUUUCUCACUGUGAUGAUGAAGCAUGGCUACAUUGGCGAGUUUGAAAUCAUUGAUGAUCACAGAGCUGGAAAAAUUGUUGUGAACCUCACAGGCAGGUUAAACAAGUGUGGGGUAAUUAGCCCCCGAUUUGAUGUGCAGCUCAAAGACCUUGAAAAAUGGCAGAAUAAUCUGCUCCCGUCCCGUCAGUUUGGCUUCAUUGUACUGACCACCUCAGCUGGCAUCAUGGACCAUGAAGAAGCAAGACGGAAACACACAGGAGGGAAAAUCCUGGGAUUCUUUUUCUAGGGAUUAACACAUGCAUAUAAAUAAAAUGCCUCAGUGGACUCU